ACAUUACUGGUGAACACCAAACCCAAGUAAAUGCUGUUUGGUGACUGGAUUCACUCUGAGAUUCACUUGCAGAAUCGCUGGCACUCGUCGGACAAACAAGACUCACCGCGUUCGUGGGAAGUCUCAUACCUAAUGCAAGCACUACAUUAUCACUUGUCAGCUCGAACCCGGCCACACGCCCACAACUCAAGGGGCCAAGAGCAUGUCGCCGCAUUGGUCGCGUGUCGCCAAGCUAGCAGCGCGCGCCUUAGGCAUUCUAGGCGAGUGGAGGCCUCUGCAUCCCUGACCACCUCAUUGGCUGUGUCCAGCGGCUCUUAUGUCACAAAGGAAGCUCGGGACGCCGUGUUUGGUGUGGCCAAGGAGCAGGUGACUGAGGCAGCCGCUCAGGUUGUGUCUGGGCGCCUGCCUUCCUGGCUGCGCGGCAGUCUGCUGCUCAACGGCUGCGGCGACUUCCGCGGCAUGCAGCACCUGUUCGACGGAUACGCCUGCCUCAGCCGGGUGCGGCUGGACGGACAGGACAACAGGGCGUGGGCCAGCCAGAGGUUCCUGGACACAGACGCAUACAGCGCCUUCCGUUCCACCGGCCGCAUGAAGUAUCGCGAGUUCCAGACGCCUGUGCCCGCGGAGGGGCCGUUGGGCCGGGCGGCGGCGGUGCUGGACAACACCAUGGCACUGAUGAGCAAGGGCCGCGCCUUCACUGACAACGCCUCCGUGUCCAUCACCAGUCUGCCCGGAGGCAAGCUGCUGGCGCUCAGCGAGACCCGCUCCGCUGCCUACCUGGUGGACCCGGACACACUGGCCACACUGCAGCAGGUGGAGCCGGCAGACGGCCUGCCCGGGGACCUCACCACCGCACACCCCAAGAGGACGCCCGACGGCCGUCUGGUCAACUUCAGCCGCAGCCUGCCCUUCGGCGGCUACCACGUGUAUGUGCAGGACCCCGCCAGCCUGAAGCGCACGCAGAUCGCAUUCAUCCGCGACCGCGACCCGUUGGCGCCUUGCUGGGUUCACGACAUGGCCGUGACCCGCACACACCUGGUGGUGGUGGAGGCGCCCGUGUUCAUCAACAUGCAGUCACUGGUGCUGGGAGAGCCCCGACCCUACGUCUUCAUGGACUGGCGGCCAGAGGAUGGCACUCGCGUGCACGUGAUUGCACUGGACGGCUCCGGGGUUGUGACUCAUACUGCUCCGGCACUGUUCACGUUCCACUUCUCCAACGCCUUCGAGCGGCCCUCCGCCUCCUCGCCCGGCGCCACCGAGCUGUGUGUGGACUUCAGUGUGUAUGACGACCCCGCCAUCCUCAACGACCUGUCGCUCAAGGAAAUGAUGGACAUGCCGGGAAAGGACAUCUCCCCAAGCCGCCUGCGCCGCCUGACGAUGCCGCUGCGUGACGCCGCCGGCAAGCCCGCCGGCCCGGCCCGCCUGGACGCCCCCGCGCCGCUGCUGCGCGAUGAGUCGGCUUACGGCAACUUUGUGGAGUUUCCCGCGUUCAACACAAAGUUCGCCGGCCUCCCCUACCGCUACUGCUACAGCACCGCCGCCGUGCGCCCCACCAACAUGGGCAACGCGCUGGCCGUGCACGACCUGCAGGAGGGAACCAGCAGGCUGUGGCAUUCGCCCGGGGGAAUGCCGGCCGAGCCGUGCUUCGUGCCGCGGCCCGGCUCCUCGGACGAGGCCGACGGGGUGGUGCUGGCGGCGGUGGUGGGCGCGGACGGCGGCAGCAGUGUGGUUGUGCUGGAGGGAGGCAGCCUGCAGGAGCUGGCGAGGGUAAAGCUGCCCGUCACGGUGCCGUACAGGUUCCACGGCACAUUCGUACAGCAGAAAUAGCAGGGGCAGUGGUAAUGCAGUACGGCACGGGGUGUACCGUUGUGGUGGUGGCGGCGCCGGUGCGGGUGUGGGCCGCUGUCAGUUGAAUAGCCGCACUCAAUGCGUCCAGUUUGGCCGUCUCGUUUGCAUCCGUGAACAAAUUUUGACCAUUUUGCGUUGCAUUGUAGCUACGGACAUGCUGUUGCAGACAGUGAGGCCUGGUGAGGCGGAGAUUUCGCAGGGCCGCGGCACGGAUCACAUCAUCGUGACUACGAUGGGCUCGAGACGAGAAGCAUUUGGACCUCAAUUUUGUGUCUGUGAGGCUUGUACAGCUCUAUUAAUUCUUUUGAACAAAACACUUGCCUCGGCUGUAAGCAACUUUGACCCGGGGG